AAAGAAACGUCCGUCUCUCUACUUUUCUUUAUAAAAAGGUAGUCCCUCGGCUCUGUCGUAGCAACGCAGAAGCAGAGCAGCUGCUGUAGAAACCCGACAAUGGAGUUGCAGAGAUUUCUUAGAAUAAGAACAUCUCAUAUACUUCUACUGCUUGUAUUUGGAUUCUUGAGCUUAAAAGCCGCAGAAUGCCGCAGACACAGGAUUCUGGAAGCAUUCGACUACCCAGCUACGAGCUGCCGAGCUCACACCGUCUCGUUGACGGAUUUCGGUGGAGUCGGCGACGGAUCGACGUCGAACACCAAGGCAUUCCAAGAAGCGAUCACCCAUCUCAGCCAGUUCUCAUCCAACGGUGGAGGACAGCUCUUCAUCCCAGCAGGGAAAUGGGUGACUGGAAGCUUCAAUCUCACUAGCGCUUUCACUCUAUAUCUCCACAAGGAUGCUGUAAUUCUCGGCUCUCAGGACAUGAAUGAAUGGCCCCUAAUCGAUCCCUUGCCUUCAUAUGGGAGAGGAAGGGAUGCUCCUGGUGGGAGGUAUAGCAGCCUUAUCACGGGAUCAAACCUUACUGAUGUUGUAAUCACAGGAGACAACGGCACUAUCGACGGCCAAGGCGCUCUCUGGUGGCAGAAAUUCCACAGCAAAAAGCUAAAAUACACACGCGGGUAUCUCAUCGAACUCAUGUACUCCAAUCAGAUCCUAAUCUCCAACCUUCAAUUGAUCAAUUCUCCUUCAUGGAACGUUCAUCCUGUCUACAGCAGCAACAUUAUCGUGAAAGGCAUUACGAUUAUUGCUCCAGUCAGGUCUCCAAAUACUGAUGGAAUCAACCCAGAUUCUUGCACCAAUGUUCGAAUCGAGGACUGUUAUAUAGUCUCAGGUGAUGACUGUGUGGCCAUAAAGAGCGGUUGGGACGAAUACGGUAUAUCCUUUGGAAUGCCUACCAAACAGGUCAUAAUCAGAAGGCUCACAUGCAUUUCACCCACCAGCGCUGUCAUUGCUUUAGGCAGUGAGAUGUCGGGCGGUAUACAAGACGUCAGGGCCGAAGACAUCCACGCCAUUGAUUCCGAGUCCGGUGUCAGGAUCAAGACCGCACCAGGGAGAGGCGGUUUCGUGAAAGACAUAUAUGUGAGGGGUUUCACAAUGCAUACAAUGAAGUGGGCCUUUUGGAUGACAGGCUCAUAUGGUUCCCACGCCGAUGGAAAAUACGAUCCGAAUGCAAUCCCAGUUAUAGAGAGUAUUAGUUACAGUAAUGUUAUUGCAGAGAAUGUUACAAUGGCUGGAAGAUUGGAGGGGAUACAGAACGCUCCGUUUACUGGCAUCUGUAUUUCUAAUACCACCAUUGGGAUGGCUGUGAAAGCGAAGAAACUGCCAUGGACUUGUACUGAUAUUCAAGGAGUAUCAAGCUCUGUUAGUCCUCCUCCAUGUCCUUUGCUGCGUGAUCAGGGACCGCAAGCUGGGCCAUGUCCAUAUCCGACUGAGAGAUUGGCGAUUGAUGAAGUGGAAAUGACAACGUGCACUUACAGUAUCAGCCAUCUAUAAGUAUCUGUGCACUUCAGAUUCAAUGGCCUCUGGUAUUAUAGAUUGUAGCUGUUUAAGGUUCUUGGUAUUUUUAUGUGUGGAUAUAGGAAGAAUGUUUAUCACAGGAGGGCUUGUAUUUUAUUGGUUAGAUUUCUAAAUAGGUCAGCACCUAGAUCGUGUGGGCGGGCCUUUUUUUAUCUGGUUAUUAGACACUUCGUGUGUAUUAAGGAAUUGUAUUUUAGUUUGAAUACUACCAUAAGUUGGGGACUGUCUUUGAAUGCUA